AUGAAGUUACUUUUGAUUUUAUCCAAGGCGGCGCUGAUUGCGCGUGCCAUUGCCAUGCCGUACGACGAGUACAUCCUGGCACCAAGAUCGCGAACACUUCAUCCUGUGGUCAUGCACAACACCAAUGGCUCUGUCAGUAACCCCGAGAGCCUGACGAGCUCGACUGGCAGCUCGAUCUUCGACGGCAACGCAGCUACUUCCUAUGACUUUGGCAUCAAUAUUGCCGGCGUUGUAUCAUUAAGCAUCGCUUCGGUCUCAGACUUGUCGCAGUAUAUCGGCGUCACGUUUUCGGAAAGCUCAUACUGGGUCUCCAACGCGUCUUAUGAUGCGACUGCCGAUGCUGAUAAAGACGAGACACUAUGGUUUCACGUCGCCGCACCGCGACGCUACACUGCGCCGCCUGAGAAGGAGAGGGGUGGUUUUCGAUACAUGACGUUAGUGCACAACUCGACUGGCACGGUCGAAGUCACGAGCGCCGAAGUGCACUACACUGCGAUGCCACAUUGGGAGGACGAUGCAAUUGCAAACUACACGGGAUACUUCCACUACGAUGAUGAGUUGCUGGAUCGUGUCUGGUACGCUGGUGCAUACACAAACCAACUAUGCACCAUUGAUCCUACUCACGGCGAUGCGUUAGUUCACAUUCGAAAAAUCAACUCAUCAGUCUCUGAUGCCACCAACGUCACAUGGUAUUACAACACGACGAUCACGAACGGCACUUCUUCAUUAGUCGACGGCGCUAAGCCAGACAGGCUCGUGUGGGCGGGUGACAUGGCGAUCGCUGUACCAGGCAUUGUUGUUUCUACCAACGAUGUGAUCUCGAUUGAGAACUCCCUGAACUCUCUUUUUGAUAUCCAGGGUACAGGUGGGCUUCUCCCAUACGCUGGACGACCAUUCCCGAGCGUUGUGUCGUUCACGUACCAUCUAUACACCUUGAUCGGUGUUGCUGACCACUAUCUCUACACUGGCUAUAUUGCCUAUCUUCAGUCUUUUUGCGUUGACUCUUCUGGACUCAUGAACGCCACAUCUUCGGCUGACUGGCUGUGCUUCAGCAUGGGCGGACACAACAUUGAAGAAAACGCAAUUCUUUACUACAUCAACACCCAUGGUAUCGAGCUCGCUGUAGCCUUGAAUGACACUUCGUCAACCUCGAAUUGGACUAUCAUCGCUGAGCGGAUCAGGGCCUCCGCCAACGAACUCUUAUGGAAUGAAGAGGCUGGCAUGUACAUCGAUAACGAAACCAUCGCCCUCAUGCCUCAAGACGGUAAUUCCUGGGCCGUUGUUGCAAACCUGACCGUCAACUCGACACAAGUCCAGCGCAUCUCCGCUGCCCUAGCAAGCCGAUGGACACCCUAUGGCGCACCUGCGCUCGAAGCCGCGGACGCCAUCUCACCCUUCAUCUCCGGCCUUGAGUUACAAACUCACUUUCUCGCCGAGAAUACAACCGCCGCUCUUGGCUUUAUGAGGUUGCAGUGGGGCUUCAUGCUCGACGAUCCGCGUAUGACAAACUCGACAUUCAUUGAGGGGUACUCGACGACUGGGGAGCUACACUACGCACCAUAUCUCAACAAUGCGAGGAAUUCACAUGCGCAUGGCUGGGCGACAAGACCAAAUUCGUCACUGACGUUUUAUGUUGCUGGUAUUCAGCUUCUUAGCGCUGGUAACAAGACGUGGCGCGUUACCGGUACUCCUUCGCUUGGUGAACUAAAGAUCGCAGAGGCCAGUUUCAGCACAAAUGUUGGUUUUUUCUCGGCGAAGACGCAGAUCAGUAAUGACGGUACUUGGACGAUGGAGUUUGGGGCGCCACAGGGUACGAGUGGCGAGGUGAAGCUGCCAGCAGUGGGGUGUGUUGGUCAGGUGUUGCUAGAGGAGCAGAAUGGCAAUGAUGAGGAUGUCUUGGUAGUGGUGCUGGCUGCUGAUGCCGGACCAGUGACGCUUGGUGGGCUACCGGUUGGAAAGUGGGCUGCAAGAUACGAAUGCAGAUCUGAGUAA